AUGGCUCAGCAAUUCGCAAAAAACCAGCCUUCAGGCUUCAACAACCACAUCAAGAAUGUUGCGCUCGUCGGUGCAGGAGGAACACUCGGAUCCCACAUCCUCAACUCCCUCCUCUCCACUGACAAACACCACAUAACAAUCCUCACCCGCCCCUCCAGCACAUCCACGUUCCCCUCGCACCCCUCCCUAACCAUCACACCCAUCGACUACACCUCCCCCAGCUCCCUGACUAGCGCUCUCACCGGCCAAGACAUCCUCAUCAUAACCAUGGCCGUGACCGCGCCCCCCACCCAAGAACAAGCACUCAUCCGCGCCGCCGCCUCGGCGGGGGUGAAAUACAUCAUGCCCAACGAAUGGGGUCACGAUUUCUCUUUCCCAGGGCUAGUAGCCGACACGCCUAUCCUCGGUGCAAGACUGGCCGGGAAUCGAAAACUGAUUGAGGAUCUGGGCGUGAGUAAAUGGAUUACUGUUACGGGCGGGUUCUGGUAUGAGUAUAGUCUUGCGGGCAUGGAGUUCAGGUAUGGGUUUGAUUUUGGGAAGAGGACUCUGACACUUUUUGGGGAUGGAGAGGUCAAGGUUAAUACGAGUACGUGGGAGCUGUUUGCGGGGACUGUGAAGGCGUUGUUGUCGCUUCCUGUUUUGCAGGAGGAUGGGGAGGAUAAGGAGACUACGCUGUCGAAGUAUGAGAAUAAGCACUGCUAUGUCUCGUCCUUCCGGGUCUCGCAGAAGGAUAUGUUUGAUUCGGUCCUCCGCGUCACGGGUACCAAAAAAGAGGAUUGGACGAUUACGUAG